UUAGAUUCUACACAAUCAUGGAGACUGGUGCAAACUCCUUCCACGUGGAGUUCCCGGAUUUUUCCUGCUCGCUCCUGAAGAAGCUGAACCAGCAGCGGCAGAGAGGGCAGCUGUGCGACCUCAUCGUGUCCAUCGGCGGCCAUCAGUUUCGCGCCCACCGCGCGGUUCUGGCCGCCAGCUCUCCGUACUUCUGCGAUCAGGUGCUGCUGAAGAACAGCGCCCGCGUGGUGUUGCCAGACGUCAUGCAUCCGUGCGUUUUCGAGCAGCUCCUGUUGUCGUGCUACACGGGAGGGCUUUCGGUGCCGUCCGGAGAGGUGGUUUCCUUCUUAACAGCCGCUAGCUUCCUGCAGAUGUGGCACGUGGUGGACAAAUGCACUGAGCUUCUGGAAGUAGGGAAGAAAAAACGGAUCGACCAUGGAUCGUCUCCAAAAGGUGAUGGUUAUGCCACUGAUAAUGAGGACGCUGGUCAGACUGCAGGUAUAGGAGAAGAUCUAGGCGAUUUGGAUCCUGCUUUAGGUCCAGGAAUGUUAGAAAGCGCCGGUUGUUCGUCUCCAGAUGAUCCGAGCAGUGAGAAUGGCUCGGAUGCAAUGGAAAACCAGUGUUCUAGACCGGCCUAUGUGCCGCCGAGCAUAAUGGGACGCAGAAAGAAGGUGCAUAUAAAAUCAGAAAAGCAGAAUCGAGAUGCUUGCGGCAGCUUGUGUGGCGCCGAAAACUCUCACAAUCCAAACACCGCAGAGGAUUGUUUUGACGAGAAACUGGUGAAGUGCUUGAAUCGAGAUUGCUCUUAUGAAGAGCCGUUAGACUUCUACGGGACCUCCAUGGAGGGCUUUUCACAAGCCUCGGACGAGCUUUCCAACCCGACGUCCAGGGAUAAACUUCAGCUCGAAGGAGGUGCUGAUGUUUCUAAAGAUGAGACGCCGGUUGACGGCGGCUCAAAGGAGCAGACCUCUCACUCAGGCUUCGCUUCGGUGGUUUACAAGCUCUAUCCGUGCCAGUGUGGCAAAAGUUUCACGCACAAAAGCCAGAGGGACCGGCAUAUGAGCAUGCAUCUGGGUCUGAGGCCGUUCGGUUGCGCCGUUUGCGGCAAAAGCUUCAAAAUGAAGCAUCACCUGGUGGGCCACAUGAAG